GUUAUUUUUGCGCCAGCGGGGACUGCGGCAAAAAAAAACAACCAAAAGGAUAAUAGCUCCGUACCCGAACGUCCUGUAAACACAGGUAAUGUCUCCGCCACAGUCAUUUAAACUGUGUAUGCCAUUCAGCUCACCUUGAAAUGUCUGCACCGCUCACCCCUUCAUGCUGUUUCCCUGGUGAGAGUUCACAUCUUCUGGAUAUCAAGAAAUAAAAGAGAGCGGGGGAAAAAAAACCCUUCUCUUCUCUACAACACCAGUAAGGCAGUCUAAUCUCUGGAACCCUGACUCACCAUGGGCACUGUACUAUCACUGUCACCCGGCUCUCGAAAAUCGGGCUACUAUGACAACCGGCCGGGCUCGCUCAGCCACUACCCGAGCUUCAGCAGCCGCUCUCUCAACAGCCAGAAAGACCGCGGGCUGAAGAGGGGCCAGUCCAUCUUCCUCCCAGCGCUCACGUGGAAGCGACUGGUGGCCUCUACGAAGAAGAAGGGCAACUCCAAGAAAGGGUCCGGCGGUCCGGUGGCCCUCGGGGACCCUCUCAACAACAACAACAACAUCAACAUCUACCAAAAGGACCCCGUGCUGCACCUCAACCGCGAGAAUGUGAAGAAGUCGCUGUCGUGUGCCAACCUGUCAAGCUACGAGGGCCCAGCAGGACUGGGCCUGGGGCUUGGAUAUGGGCUGGGGAUGGGUCAGGGGCACGGAUAUGGUUACAGCAAAUCCCAGCAGCUCUCCUCUGUGAAAAAAGUCCCCCAGGGCACGGGGACUUCGUCUCCGAAGCGUGUCAUCGUGCAGGCCUCCACCAGCGAGCUCCUGCGCUGCCUGGGGGAGUUCCUGUGUUGUCGCUGCUACCGCUUGAAGCAUCUGUCUCCGGCCGACCCGGUGCUCUGGCUGCGAGCCGUGGACCGCUCGCUGCUGCUGCAGGGCUGGCAGGACCAGGCCUUCGUCACGCCGGCCAACGUGGUCUUCGUCUACAUGCUGUGCCGAGACGUGGUGGACGGCGACGUGGUGGCGUCGGAGCACGAGCUGCAGGCCAUCCUGCUCACCUGCCUCUACCUGUCCUACUCCUACAUGGGCAACGAGAUCUCGUACCCGCUCAAGCCCUUCCUGGUGGAGGCGGGUAAGGAGGCCUUCUGGGACCGCUGCCUCGCCAUCAUUGACGCCACCAGCUCCAAGAUGCUGCGCAUCAACGCAGACCCACACUUUUUCACACAAGUAUUUGCUGAACUGAAGAGUGAGGGCGGCUGCGGCCCUCAGGACUAUAGUCGGGUGCUGGAUCGGUGA